AUGUAUCAUUAAGAGAUGUUUUUAACCACAAAAUCGUUUGAUCGAUUUGCUCCAGCUUUUAUGAGAAGAAGCUAUCUAUUUUUUUUGGAAUGUAUGUAUACUAAUUUUCAUUUGCUUUCAUAUGUGAAUACCCCAGAAUAUACAAUAUAUGCUAAUCGAUAUCAACAUGACCCUAGAUAUAUUGACUAUUCCGUUGAGUUACCUAAAAUCAAAAAUCAAAUUUUAGAAUUAGAAGUUGGUUGGUAUAUAGAAAAUCUGACAAAUUAUCUGGAAAUUGAAAACAAAGAAGAAUGUCCAUCUUAUUUAAACCUGUUUUAGAGUAAGAUCCAAAAAAGCCCUUCAUAAGCGCACAGUCAUUAAUCACGCAUUAGAACAUUUAGAAGCUAUCGCUGCAAAAAUCUACUUAGAUAAUGCUAAAGAUUUUAUAAAGAUAUAGAACGCUAUUCGUGGUGUUUGGCUGGAAUGGUCACUCUAUUAAAUUAAGAAGAACAAGAUCCUUUUCAAUAAAAUGGAAUAUAUCAAAGAUGGUAGAACACUAGAAUUACAAUCUAAUAAACAAACCCAUAACAAUGA